GCGAUUGGCUGCCGCAGGGAGAAGGGGCGGGCAGGCAGGGAGAGCUUCCGGUGUGCCUCGGCUGUCGGCAGCUUGUUUGGAUGCUGCCGUCACAUCAUGGCGACGCGCGGAGCGGAGGCAGCGCGCGGAGGAGGCAGCAGCAGCGGCACCGGCAGCAGCGCGCAGGGACGCAGCCGGCGCCAGAGCCACAGCGGAGAGGAGGAGGCGGUGGCGGCGGCGGCGGUAACAGCGAGCGGCGGCCCGGAGUUGGUUGUUGGUGCAAUGGAAGAAGCUGUUUCUCAGGAGAUGGGAAUGAAUAACCAGGAUCAGCUGGUGAAGAGCAAGUGCGAUGAACUGUCUGGCACACCACUGCGGCACGCACAGUCCAACUGUUGUGGCCUGGAAAACACAGCUUCAUUGGAAGAAGCUGAGUGUAUCACAAAGAACAGAAAGCACCCGGGGUCCACAUGCUGCUCUCAAGAGUCUCGUGAGGAAACUCCUGGGAGAGAAGAAGCCCGUACUGAUCCACCUGAUGGCCAGCAAGAUCCAGAGAGUGAAAAACACAAGGAGAAAACUUUGGGAAAAGAAGUAUUGUUAUUAAUGCAAGCCUUGAACACACUUUCUACACCAGAGGAAAAGCUGGCAGCUUUGUGCAAGAAGUAUGCUGAUCUGUUGGAGGAGAGUCGAAAUGUUCAAAAGCAGAUGAAGAUACUGCAGAAGAAGCAAGCACAAGUUGUGAAGGAGAAAGUCCACUUGCAGAGUGAGCAUAGCAAGGCCAUUUUGGCACGUAGCAAACUGGAAUCUCUCUGCCGGGAGCUUCAGCGUCAUAACAAGACUUUGAAGGAAGAAAACAUGCAGCAAGCACGUGAGGAAGAAGAAAGACGGAAAGAAGCAACUGCACACUUCCAGAUUACACUGAAUGAAAUUCAGGCUCAACUGGAACAGCAUGGUAUACAUAAUGCCAAGCUCCGCCAGGAAAAUAUUGAACUGGGGGAAAAACUGAAGAAACUCAUUGAGCAGUAUGCACUGCGAGAAGAGCAUAUUGAUAAAGUGUUCAAACAUAAAGAACUGCAGCAGCAACUUGUGGAUGCCAAACUUCAGCAAACUACCCAGCUUAUUAAAGAAGCAGAGGAGAAACAUCAGCGAGAAAGGGAGUUUUUGCUAAAAGAAGCUACUGAGUCCAGACACAAAUGUGAACAGAUGAAGCAGCAGGAAGCUCAGCUGAAGCAGCAGCUUUCUCUUUACAUGGAUAAGUUUGAAGAAUUCCAGACCACCAUGGCAAAAAGUAAUGAACUCUUUACAACCUUCAGGCAAGAAAUGGAGAAGAUGACAAAGAAGAUUAAGAAACUGGAAAAAGAAACCAUAGUGUGGCGUACAAAAUGGGAAAACAACAACAAGGCUCUUCUGCAAAUGGCUGAAGAGAAAACAGUAAGAGAUAAAGAAUACAAGGGCUUUCAAAUAAAACUGGAGCGCUUGGAAAAGCUAUGCAGGGCUCUUCAGACAGAGAGGAAUGAGCUGAAUGAGAAGGUGGAAGUCCUGAAGGAGCAGGUUUCUCUCAGAGAAGCAGAUGUGGAUCUAGCUGUGCAGGUGUUGCAGUCCUGCACGCUCAAUUCCCACGAGGAGCUGGGAACUCCCAGUGACAUGGAACCAGGAAUCCAACCUGAUGUGGAAUCACUUGUGGCAAAUAAUUUGGCAAAGACUGUCUCAACAAGUCCUGUUCCUGGCACUGAAUCUGUAGACUAAAAUGAAGUGUAAACACUGUAUUGAGAGAUAUAUUUUGUGUAUAACUUUCUCUGUUGGUGGUAACUAUUUGGUUUUGUGGUGAAAAUUUUCUUACUUUUUCUACCAUAUCUGUAUUUUCUUAGAACUACUGGACUUACGUGGUACAGGAAGCUGCAUAGCAGCUUUAAAUAGCUUAAACUAUAGAUUUUCCACAACUGUGUUGCACAUCUGCCUCAUUUUUUUAAAAGAAAAUAUUUUUCCAUAAAAGGAUGCAUGUGCAUUUCCUCCCCACAACACAGAUCACUGUCAUGGAAGACCGUGUACAGAUACAACAUCGUUCUGGGGAAAAUAGUGACAGCAGGUCACAUUUUGGUUUAAAUAAUAUCAUUCUGGUUUUGUUCAUUGAUUCGUCACUCAAUAUACUAAAGAAUACUGAUUUCCCCGAUAAAUGUAUCUGCAUUAGGAUGUCUAAUGGCCAGUAAAAAAAAGUCAGCUUUCCCCUCUAGUAUGUUUUCAUAUAUAUGAAUGGAAAACUAAAGGUCCAGGACAUAGUAAAAAAUGUUUAAAGGCUUUUACGUACUUUGUGGUAUGAAAAAAACAGCUUUGAAAUAUGUCAAUUUGCAGCUGGUGAAACAGGGUGUACAACUUUGUGCAGGCUUCUCAGGGUUGUGUUGUAAAGGCUGGUUUGGGCUAUUUGCUCUAUCUGUGAACGUGUUAAAUAUAAAUACGUGAAAAAACGCACAGCAACGUUACUGAGUGGGAUUUUGCCAUUGUGUAGCCUAUUCCAUGGGUGUUAGUCAUGUUCUUCCCUCUUAGCUGCAGCGUGUCCAUCACAUGGUUAUCCUGACUAGAGGAAUCCAUUGCUGUCUAGACAAAUCUCCAGAUUAUCUGAAAGGCCAAAAAAUAGACAUUUACUGCUGGAGGCAUGGAAAACAUGAGUCUGUAGCAUAUAGGCUUUCUCUAACAGCCUUGUAUGCAGUAUAUUUAAGUUAAGCAUGUACUGGUUAUAAGUGAACAGGUAGAUUCAAAUACUUUUCUUGAAGUACAACAUGGAAUUUCUUGCACGCUCAACCUCAAAGCUGUACCAGUUGGCAGAGUGCCUUCCCAGUUAGGUUAUCUGGUAAAGAUGGUACUUCAAGUUCUUAUUCUUAACAUACCACAAGAGAAGCUCCCUUGUUAACCAUAAAAAAAAAAUCCUAGAAAAA